AUGUCGUUUGAUUCAACUCUAAAAACAGCAGGAGAUCAGAUCGAACUUGUUAUCGACACUUGGACACGACCCAUCAAACCUCAUCUUCAAUCUAUAAGCAGAUUUCUGAUUGUCGCGACAUUUUACGAGGAUGCUCUGCGCAUUGUUGCACAAUGGGGCAUCCAACUUGCUUAUUUGUCAGAACGAUGUCACUUACCACGGGUGCUGACGGGCAUGUACCUGGUGCUCAAUGUUGCGAGCAUGUUGGUCUUUUCAAGUUUUAUUAUCACCAAGCGUCACGUUACGAUUUCAGUCGUGGCUCUCUUGGCUGUAGUUGGCACCCAAGCUUUGAUGUAUGGCCUUGUUUUUGACAUGCUAUUCUUCUUGCGGAAUUUAUCCAUCAUGGGCGGUCUGCUGCUUUGCCUAUCCGAAUCGCUUUUACGACGCCACUCGAGCCAAAAGUCCUCGACCAUGUUUGCAUUGCCGCAAAUGUCAGAAAGCGAGCGACACAAAUAUUUCCAACUCGCUGGCCGUGUUCUCCUAGUUCUUUUGUUCGUGGGCUUUAUCUUCAACGGCGAAUGGGGCUUCCUGCGGGUGACCUUUUCGUUGAUUGGUUUUGCCGCCUGCGUGAUGGUCGCUGUUGGUUUUCGUGCACGCUGGUCUGCCACUUUUCUGGUAUCUCUCCUGUGCGUCAUGAAUAUGCUGCUCAAUAACUGGACCGGUCUGUCUGGUUCCCAACGCGACUUUGUAAAAUACGAUUUCUUCCAGACGCUCAGUAUCGUCGGUGGCCUGCUCCUAUUGAUCUCUAUUGGACCCGGCGGUCUCAGCUACGAUGAAAAGAAGAAAGAAUUCUAA